GCGCUCGCUAUAUUAUUUAACCGGAACCUGCGUUGCUCAAAUCGCUUGGAUUUAGUUCAACUUGACAACCCUGGAGACCACACAUUUACAGCUGACAACGAAAGCAACAGCUGACGAGGCAGCACGACGAAGCGAACAAGCAAUACUUCGUGCGUAUGGAAUAGAAAAUUGGAAAAAGGCAACUGCACAGUGAAAAAGUUAAGAAAAAUGUGGUUUUUAGAUAAAUAAUUGUAUAGCAAAGAAUCGCAGGUCAACAAAAGACUAAUAUAAACGAGUUCAACGCACAAAAUAGGCUAUGAAAUUGCUGUCUAAAUCGUAGAUUCGUCGUUGUUGUUGCUGUCGCAUUUCGUAUCGAGUAGAAAGAAGUCAAGAAAGCAGAUGACAGAUGAACAGAAAAAACUAAAAUCUACGUGCAAAUUUGUGAAAUUCAUUGAAGAUUGAGAUAACAAACGAAUGCAGAGGCAUUGCUGCAAAUAAUUCUAAUUAUACAACAGCCCAACUGUGUUCCCCUCAAAGAACGAAACUGGUUAUACACACAGCUACGACGACGACGACAACCACGACAACAACAACGACGACGACGACGACAACAACAACGGCGACGGUGACAGCGACGGCGACGGCGACGAAGGAACGGGAGCAGCAGCAGCCGCAGCAGCGAAAGGCAGUUCGACGCAGCACAGAGUGAGGGCAAUGGAAAAAAUCAAACAAAAGGUAAUUGGCGUGCUGCGCGAGCGCGACGGUGGCACGAAUGUGAAUCGCAGCAGCGGCGGUGGCGGUGGCGUCUCUGCUGCUGGCGUUGGCAGUCUUCAGGUGCGCGUGGGCGUGGCCGUUACAAUCGGGGUCACGCAGGACAAUGGCAAUGGCAACGAUAACGGCAAUGGCAAUGGCAACGGCAACGCCCCUGGACCAGAACGCAAUGAUGCACAUGCAAAUGGACUCAAUCCUGCGGCUGGAACUGGUGCUGCUGGUGGAGUUGCCGGAGCGAGUGGUGCGGCACGCACCUCAGUCCUAUCGCGGCCACAGACCUCGAAAAUCAGUGCACUUGACCUGGCCGGAAUAUUGAAUACGCGGCGACGACUCGAAUGGACCAAGGAAUGGCUGCGAAAGAAUCAAUCCGAGUUUCUCAGCAAGGAGAACUUGCUCAGCGAGCUGCAGUCGCGCAAGGACGAGUGCUACCAUUUGAAUUACUUCCUAGCCAUAACCGAGAGCCAGUUUCGGUAUCUGGUGCAAAAACUGGAGCCAAUCAUCAGCCAAUAUGCACCGCAGCGCAAAAAGAAAUCCUUCAGUGCUGAGGAGCGUCUGGCCAUAACGCUCAAGUAUUUGGCGACGGGUGAAGUACAUUCUUGUCGAAACUACUGCUUCCGUGCCUCGAAAUUUGUGAUAAACGAAAUGAUUGCCAAUAUCUGUCUGGGCUUCUACGAGCACCUCAAGGACCAAUACGUGACACUACCAAAGACUGAUGAGCAGUGGCGCAACGCGGCCACGGACAUGGAGCGCAAACACAACUUGCCCCACUGUGUGGGCAAUCUGUUCAUGCGCAGCAUUCAGUUGCAGAACAACAUCGGCAGCAGCAACAACAGCAACAACGAUGAUCGCAAACGUGCGGCCGUCAUUUUUACGGCCAUCGUGGAUGCCGACAACAAUUUCCAGUAUGUGAAGGUGGAACGUGCGGCGAACAGUCGACCAAAUGAUAUCUAUAACCAGACCACUGCCGUUGAGCUUAUCGAGCAAAAGAUGCAGGCGCUCGAGGCUCGAUUGGAGCCAGAUCAUCAGGGUUAUUAUCUGGCUGGUGAUUCCGUGCUACCAAGUACAUCGUACUUGGUCAGCACACGCAAUGUGAGCGAGGACAGUGCCGUUUACGAUGCCCUGGAACAGAUCAAUGCUCAUGCGGAGCAAACGAUGCGCAUAUUGUGCAAUAUAUUUCCCAUAUUGGCGCAGCCCCUACGCGUCAGCGAGAAGCACAUUGGCCAGGUGGUGCUCGGCUGUGUGGCGCUCUAUAACUUCCUGCGAAAGACAGACGAUUCAUUUCGGCGCAACAGUGACAACAUUGUGCAGCAGCGAGGCGGAUUGGAGCAACUGCAGCCCGCCUAUGUGGACAGUGAAGACAUCGACGAUGACUGCAUCAUGCUGGCCACCGAAGAGGAGCUGCGAGAGCGGGCCGAGUUCACGCCCAGCGUUGGCCUGACCACCUGCUUCCAAACACUGUGCGCCCAGCGCGGCGACACGCCCGAGGGACAGGCAAAGCGAGACUGGCUGCUCAAGCUGCCCAUUUUGGGUAAACAGCAACAAAAUGGCAACAGCAACACUAUCAGUAACAGCAACAGUAACAUCAAUGGAACUGGCAAUGGCAAUGGCAAUGGCAUUGCCAAUGGGAAUGCCACUGCAAAUGGGGGCUUAUAUUAGUGCAAUUUUUACCUAAGUACUUUACGAAUUUUGUAUAGUUCCUUGUUUUCUAUUUUCUAAACCUUAAUCUGUAUCUACUGUAUAUGUAUCUGUAUCUAUUCUAUCUUUAUCUGAAUUGGCAUCAGCAUCGGUUAUGUUGCUAACCAUAGUUUAUUGCCUCUCAUUCUUCUGCAUUAAGUGAGCUGUUCUUUUGCUUCUGUGCUUCUUCUCUUAAGGUUCUGUAAAGUUAGUUUAGGUAAUAUUUGGUUUAAUUUGGAAGUUCAGUGAAUGCUAUGUGAUGUCUCAAAUCUCUAUUGUGGCCCAGUGCUCCCGGGGAGUAGCGUGAAAAUGCAAAAAGGAAACUAGUAGGCGCGAAGUAGAUCGAGAUAAAAUAAUAUAUAAAAAAAAAAAAAAUAAAACAAAA